GGUGGUUGUUCCGUAAACAGUGGUCAGUCCAGCAGAGUGAGAGAGGUGGAGUGAGUGAGCGGGAGCGGUAACCAGCGAACAUGGCAGACGUGGAGACCCCGGGAGUGGACGGGGAUCCGGCUGGGCGCGCGCCACCGAUACACCACGCGGUGGGCUCUGUGAAUCAGCCGUCUUCGCUCAAGUUCGACCGCAACAUUAAACAGGCCUUCUACAACACGGGCGCCAUGAUCUUCGUGGCGAUCUGCUGCGGCGCCGCCGUGCUCGUCUACUUCAUCCUCGAGGCCUUCCUGAGGCCGCUGCUGUGGGCUGUGCUCUGCGGCACCUUCCUGCACCCGUUCAAGCAUUCGCUGGCGCGCCUGGGCCGCUCUUGGCUGUGCGGUCUGCGCGAGAGCGGCACGCCGAUCGUUCUUGGCACGCUGCUCGUGCCCGCGUGCUGUGUCAACUACGGCGUGGAGGCUCUGGGCGCGCUCGUGCUAGAGCGGCUGCACGUGCUGCUGGCCAUCGGAGCCGGAGCUCCGCUGCUCUACCUGCUCUACCUGGUCUGGAGCGUCAUCGGCAUGCAGGUGGUGCUCGGGCAUAUGUGCGCAGUCAUAUGCUGCGCGCUCGACUGCUUCAACGCAUUGUGGGUUGGCACAUUAGUUGUGGGCUAUGUGUUGGCUGUGGCGUUUAAGUGGACCCCCGGCAUGGAGGGCUACCUGCGUGCCAUGUCAGUGCCUGUUUGGACAGCCCUCAUAUUCUACUUGGUGUCUCUGACGGGGGCCUGGCGAGUGCCUGUGUUUGUGGUGGUGGUGUCUCUUCUAAUAGUGGGUUCUCAGGAGAAAGCCUCUAUACCAGGGAAAGGUGAGCUGUCAGGACAAGUCCUGUCUUUUGCUGCUAAUACUAUCUUCAUGGCCAUCUCUUGCAGCAACUACGCCACUGCUGUUGAGUCAGAAGAGAGUAAGGGUAAAGAGCCAGUGGACUCUUCUAGAAAGGUCACUGGAGUUUUUGCUACCCCUCUGCGCAUGCGCCAAGAGUUCCAGGGACUCCCACACAAAGAGAAGGCCAGUGACAUCUACUUUGUGCUGCUGGUUUGGGCUAUAGUACUGGUGCAGGUUUGGCUCAACCUCUGGAUCCUCCAGCUGCUGCCCAUCCCUUUUGCGGUAUGGGUGAUCAAGAAGCUGGUGGUGCGUUUUGGAGUGAAGGGUUUUGCAGAGCGGACCCUGGCGGCGUGGUGGGCGGUGUUGGAGAAGUUUGUUCGAGACAGACAGGAUGCUCUGCUGCCUGGUCCAAUCAAAGGGCUUGCACAGUUUCUGCUGAGGGUUGAUACCAAGCUCUGGCAUUGGCUUAACAAGCAGCUGAUUGUAUGGUUGGAGAAAUCUCUGGAUAAACUCAUCAGCAUCUUCAUUAUUUUCUUACUGGUUACAGGGACUCUGCUCAUGGCCCUCCUCCUCACUGCUAUGGUCCAUCACGAGAGUGCCCAUAUCAUAGAUGUCACCAGCAACCUGAUCAACGAGACUGUGGCAAACCACCCUGAGUGGGCCAACUGGCUUCCAGAGGCUCGUGUAAUUCAGAAGGCUCUUAAUUCUGCUGCCACAAAUGUUUACCAGCAUGGUAGAGAAUGGAUAACUCAAAAGCUCCACAAGAUGCUUGGUGAUAAGGUGAACAACACUGCAGUGAUAGAGAAACAGGUUCUGGAACUGUGGGACAGGCUCUACCACUCUUGGUUUGUCAAGAAUGUAACAUACACCGGACGCCACCGUGGCCAGAAGCUCCACCUGCAUAGACACAACAGCUGGCUGGGAGACAUUCUGGAUUGGCAGGACAUCGCCUCCUUUGUGCAGGAAAAUAUUGAGACACUGCUCUCGAUUGUGGAGUCUCUGUGGGUGGUGAUGAGCCGCAACGUGGGUUUGCUGAUCUCCACGACAACGACGCUGCUCACUGUACUCUUCCACAGCGGGACAGCACUGCUCAACUUCGCUCUGUCACUGGUGAUAUUCCUGACCACCCUGUUCUACCUGUUGAGCUCCAGUGGAGAAUACUAUAAGCCUGUUAAAUGGGUGAUCAGCCUCACGCCACUGUCUCAGCCUGGACCCUCAUCCAACAUCAUUGGCCAGUCUGUGGAGGAGGCCAUCAGGGGUGUGUUUGAUGCAUCUCUUAAGAUGGCAGGGUUUUACGGCCUCUACACCUGGCUCACACACACCAUUUUUGGCAUCAACAUCGUCUUCAUCCCCUCAGCAUUGGCGGCAAUUCUGGGUGCUGUACCUUUCUUGGGGACGUAUUGGGCAGCGCUGCCGGCGGUGCUGGACCUUUGGCUUGCACAGGGCGAGGGUGUCAAAGCUGUAUUGCUGCUCUUCUGCCACCUACUGCCAACAUACUUUGUUGACACUGCCAUCUACACUGAUAUAUCAGGGGGUGGUCACCCUUAUCUGACUGGCCUGGCUGUGGCUGGUGGAGCGUACUAUCUUGGCUUGGAGGGAGCCAUCAUAGGCCCGAUCCUGCUCUGCAUUCUGGUGGUAGCAUCUAACAUCUACAGCGCUAUGCUGAUGAGCCCCAGCAGCAGCCAGCCCACACCAGUACAGAGCACCUUCCCUCAACACCUUGGCCGGCCCUUCUUCGAUUCUCCUUUGCUGCUGAAAAGAGGGACAGAGUGAAAGAAAACCGGAGAUCUUUCAUGUGUGCUCUGCUGCUGUUCGGCCCUCACUUCUCAGACGAGCUCCGCUCUGGGGUCUCCCACCCAGCCUCGCAAGGGCACAGAACCUCCGCCUGCACUGGAGGCCUGUUUAAGCUCAAGAACAAAAUACUGCAGUACCCUUAAAACAACGAAUUACCCCGGUCUUCGAUGAUGACAGCACAGUGCUCUGAUGCUACGUCUUUUGAGCUAUGCUGAGCUCCCUUAAGGCUCAGAGGUAGGGCAGAAUAAGUGCGGUAUUAUUUACACAGCUAGCACCUAAACGCCAAGUUCAGUUAGCACUGUGGUGCUUUGGCUCGCACUCCAAUGCUACGUGAAGUAGCACACUAAUGUUAACUGUACUAAAUUAUCACACACAAGACUGCACUGUAAAGCUCAAAUAACAUUUGCUCAGAAUCCAUUUUGACGGUUAGUUUAUUUGUAUGGUUGUUUAUAUUCGUUAGUUAGUGCUCACAAUAUAUUGAACAUAUCGUGAUGAUACAGAAUGAUCCUACCGUGUGGACAUGUACAGCGCUAACGACUGUAAGGUUUGUGUGUGUGUGUGCGCGCUCGCGCGCGUUCAAAACGUCUAGAUUUUACAGUUAAAAUGUUGUUCUGUUGUUUGCCAUAUUUGAAAUGCCUGCCUUUUAAGGCUCAGAUCAUUUUUUGUAGUUCCUGCUGGUCUAACUAACUACACAGCUGACGACACAGGUAUUACUUUGGCUUGCUUGUACAUUUUUGUGUGUGUGUGAGAGAAAACACACAACUUUGCCUUAUUCUCAUCUUACCUCACUCCUUCAUAAGACUACAUUUAACACCCCAGCACUGAUGAGUCCGUCACUGAGUGUAGUGUGUGUGUGUGGAAUUCAGGAAGAUACUUUUAGCACAUUUACCAGCACUUUGUUUUCUUUCAUUUCAUGCUUGUUGUGCUUUAUUACUUAAAGAGGCAUUCCGGCCUUUAUCCAGAGUUGAACACGUUAUUUCUUGGGUUAUUCUGUAGCAUGGCAUUGUAUCCCUCAGCCUCAAAGGUUUGACAAGACGUUCAUGUUUUCAUCCAUCCAUGUUAUCUCGCUACAAUACCCAGCAUGCAUUACACAAAUACAUCAUACCUUGUGGUGCCAACCAGUCCUGAUUGCUGGCCUAGCUGAUCAAAGCAAAUCUAAUAAAUACAACUCAGCUGGCAUUACCUCAGUCCUCAAACAAAAUCUCAGUGAUUCUAUCUAGAAUCAGCACAGAAUGGAAAACAGAGACAAGUUUUUACUAUUUCAUCCAGAGGAAAGGAACCAAACUGAGAUAUCUAGCCAGAUACUUUGCUAACUGCAGUGUCCACCUCCUCAUCCGACAAGUUAUUUCUGUCAUAUUCAACAUCAACAGCUCACCCUCUGCCCCCCCCCCCCCUUCAGAAUACAUCAUCAGAAAAAGGUACUCUUGGUUUUAAACUGGAAAAUGUUCCUUUUGAGACUACUGCAGGAUCGCUGUAGGAUCUGUAGAGGUGUAAAACGGGUGUAGCAAGUGUUACACUUUUCAUUUGGCCGGAUUGUCCCUUUAAGCCAAAACUGACCAAAUACUCAUUUUGACUGACGUGCAGUGCUUUACUUUAGCAAAAGCCAUGCUCUUAGCCAUCUGAAGUACUUUAAUGACUCAGAUGCUGAUGGUGUAUUGAGCUGAGCUCAUUUCUGACUGAACCUGAGACAUGAACCUGAAAUCUGGUUUGAGGAGACUUGGACAGUGAUUUUUUUUUUUUUAAUCUAAUUUAUUUUAGAGGAUUAUGAAGGAAACUGGGCGGAAAAAGACCAAAUUGUAGAGAAAGCAUUAUGAUAGCUCACACCUAAGAUGGAAUUUUAGUGUAAGAAGCUUGAAUUUAAUGCACUGGACAUGUAGCACUGCAAGGCAAUAUGUUGACUGUAGGUAGCUUUGUUUAUGCUUCUUUUCACUCACUCAGAUGCACUUUGAGGACACUGUUUACCCUAAAUGAAAGACAGUAGUUUGUAUUUAACAAACAUGACUGUAGGAUAGUUGGUGAUUGAUUACUGAACAGUAUCACCAUUUUUGCUUACGUUUAUAGGUUUUCAUUUUGAAAUGUAUAGAUAUCUUUAACUGAAUGUUAAGUGUUUUCUACUUCAGUAAUAAAACUGGGAUAAAACUUU